AUGACCCAUGGCUUGCCCCUCCUCCGCCGAGCGCCUCUCCAAAUCCUCAGUAGACACCUGGUGACACCACGCCUCUCCACGCUCCAAACGAACCUCCCUCGCCGCGUCCACAGUGGCGCAUGGGAGCCUCUCCGUCCUCCCAACCCAGCAGACCUCCCGAAACCGAAACCGAAGCCCAAUAAGCCUACGCAUCCAAAGCCUCCCCUCCGGCGCAGAAAAUGGGCGCGCCGCCUCAUCAUCUUCUCCGCUGUGGUCGGCACAGGCUACGUUCUUGACACCCAGUUCAACGCCUCUUCGCUCACGCGCAGUUUCCGGACGUUCCGGACGGGAUUAUUAGUUGGAUUAGACUACAAGAUCAAUUUCCGGGCGCACCCCCCGCUCGUGGAGAGCAUCGAGGCGUUGCAUGCGCGCAACGCGGAGCGGCUGUUCGAGCUCCUGCGAUAUAAUGGCGGAUUGUACCUCAAGAUUGGGCAGGCGAUUGCGAUGCAGAGCGCCAUCCUGCCGCCCGAGUUCCAGAAGAUGUUCGCCAAGAUGUUCGACGAUGCGCCGCAGAACGACUGGCGCGAGGUGGAGAAGGUGAUUCGCGAGGAUUUUGGCCGGCCCGUCGAGGAGGUGUUUGGGGUGUCUUUUACGGGCGAGGAGGGCAAGGGCGUCAUGGAGAAGACGGCUCGGGCGAGCGCGAGUGUGGCGCAGGUGCAUUGGGCGCGGCUCGCUGAUGGGAGGGAGGUGGCGGUCAAGAUCCAGAAGAAGGAGAUUGCGAAGCAGGUCGGCUGGGAUCUGUGGGCGUUCAAGGUCGUCGCGAGAGUGUAUACGUGGUGGUUUGAUAUCCCCAUGUACAGCCUGGUGCCGUACAUCACGGAGCGGUUAAUGCUGGAGACGGACUUCGAGAAUGAAGCGGAUAAUGCGGAAGAGAUGAAGAGACUGGUGGCGGCGGAGAAGCGCUUGAACGGCCGCGUUUACAUACCCAAGGUGUAUAGGGAACUAUCCAGCAAGAGAGUCAUGACGGCUGAGUGGAUAGAGGGUGUACGACUAUGGGAUAAGGAAGGCAUCACAAACACAUGGCAUGGAGGAUGGCACACGGGAAGUCCAGGCGCAGGAGGAACGCCGCUCCCACCCAUACCAAAGAAGAACACCAAGUUCGAUACUCAUAUUCCAGAGGACGCGCCCAGGAAUCCGCUUCUCAAGCCGGACCGGCGCUCAUGGCAAGGCGAGGACGGCAAAGGCGGAUUGGGGUUGUCCCUCAAGCGGGUCAUGACCACCAUCGUCGACCUCUUCUCCGCUCAGAUGUUCCUGUGGGGCAUCGUCCACUGCGACCCUCAUCCGGGAAACAUCUUCAUCCGACGACUACCCUCUGGCGAGCCCGAAGUGGUCCUCAUCGACCAUGGACUCUACAUCCGCAUGAACCCCAACUUCAGGCACCAGUACGCCUUAUUCUGGAAGUCACUGCUGGCAUUCGACAACGACACCAUAAAGGAAAUCGUCACGAGCUGGGGCAUCAACAACCCGGACAUCUUCGCGUCCGCGACGCUGAUGCGGCCGUACGAAGGCGGUGACCGAUCCACCCUCAGGGAGAUACAGAAAGGAGCUCAAGGCAGGGACCAGCAGGAGCGGGCGUUUGAAAUGCAGGUCAAGGCGCGCGACGGCAUCAAACAGAUUCUCGGCGACGAGACCAAGUGGCCUCGCGAGCUCAUCUUCAUCGGCCGCAACCUGCGCAUCGUCCAGGGCAACAACCAGUUCCUGGGUUCGCCCGUCAACCGCAUCAAGAUCUCGGGGCUGUGGGCUUCUCGGGCACUCGCGGAGAGCAAGGACCUACCGCUUCGCGAGAGGUGGAGUAAUUGGAUCAAGCAUCUGCGGUUUCGGAUCGUGCUGGUUCUGAGCGAUGUCGUUUUCUGGUGGUCGCGGCUGCGGCAGUUGGUCGGUGUUGGGGGAGGGAUGGAGGAGGAGAUUGAGGAGAGGAUGAGGGUCAUGGCGAAGGAUUUUGGGGUUGAGUUGAAUCACUCCAUCUUUGAGGGGUGA